AUGAGCGCGUUACUAUGUUGAGUGUGAGAGCGCCAUUUUGGAAACAACAACAACAGACUAGGAAUAUAUAGGGCUUUUUUUCGAGGUUUUACGGGAUAAAAUGCCGGAAAACACAUCUACGAUGGGAGAUGAGAAAGCAGAGGACAAGUUUCCAAGGAUGACCAAGAAAGCGCUGAAGCAAAUCUGCAAAGACCAAAAGUUGUACCUAACGCCACACCUGAAUGACAUCUUGUACCUGCACUUCAGAGGUUUUGGUAAGAUUGAGAACCUAGAGGAGUACACAGGUGUAAAGUGUUUGUGGCUGGAAUGUAAUGGCAUUGAGAAAAUAGAGAAUUUGGGCUUUAUGAAGGAGUUAAAGUGCCUCUAUCUACAGCAGAACAUGCUGAAGAAGGUGGAAAACUUGGAGGAGCUAGAUGGAUUGGAUACACUCAAUGUCAGCAACAACAUUAUCAGAUCUAUUGAGAACAUUGCCUGCCUUCCUGUACUCAACACCCUACAAAUAGCACACAACAGGCUGGCCUCAGCUGGGGAUAUCAAGGAGCUUGCUAGCUGCCAGAAACUCAGUAUUGUUGAUCUCUCUUACAACAAGAUUGAUGACCCCAAUAUAGUGGAUGUCUUAGCUGAGAUGCCUAAUUUGAGCGUUCUUAAUUUAAUUGGAAAUCCUGUCAUCAAGAAAAUUAAAAAUUACAGGAAAAACAUGAUUCUAAAACUAAAAAACUUGAAAUAUCUGGAUGACAGGCCAGUGUUUCCAAGAGAGCGGGCUUGCACAGAAGCAUGGGCUCAGGGAGGGCCUGCAGCUGAAAAAGAAGAAAGAGAAAGAUGGAUAAACAAAGAGAGGCAGAAGAUGGAGGAUGGCUUUAAUGAGUUAGCCAAGCUACGCAAAGGCUCACUACGAGAAAAAGAGGAUCUUCUAGCAGAGGAACAAUAUAGGAAGGAAGAGAUGGCCGGUACCACAGAUGAAGAUCUACUCCGCAUAUGGGAUGAAAAGCCAGUAACUAGUACACGCCCUAUUGAUGAGAAUAUUGAAAUAGCAUGUAAGGAGAUUACUGAGGAGAUGGAGACAAUCACCAUACGACCCCAGAGCACCCCUCAGGGGAUCUUCGGGUCAAGGCCACAACAGCAGAGACAGGCAGGGCCAUUGUUAUCAGAGAUUGUGUCCCAAGAUAAUAGUGAAUCACAGGCUGACAGAGUACUCAUUACAGAGAUGAGAGACGAGGAUGGUGUGGAGACGAUAACUCUGGGAGUAGAGAAGAGAAAGAUGGCAUCUAAGAUUUACAUAGAAGAGGACGAUAACCAGAGCGAUAUAGAUGAUUUGCCCGACCUCGAGGACGUCGAUGUGACUGACCCUUUGUUCGUCAAAAACUUUACCAAACAAGAGAAACCUCUCUUUACUGAACUAAAGAUGCCCCUAGAAAUCCAGGCUCGUUCCAGUCCUCUAAUCCAAGAACUCGACACUCCAUCCGCAUCCAAUAACAAGACUAGACUCAUCAUAGAGAAUAUCACCCAUACUAGUCCGCAUGCGCGACAUGAAGCCGCUGACCAUCCAACUGAGGAUUCCGAGGAUGGCGUAGAGGGGAGGUUACAUAUGGAGAGUGCUAAGGAAAAUUCGCUGUUCAGUGAUAUACAGAGGCUAGCCGCGACUGUUGGGUCCACUAUAGACCGGGAACCCUUGGAUAUUAACAGAGAGAAGCGAGCCUUCCAGAGAAAGGCUAGGAGAGACAGUCUAGAUGGUCUGGACUAGGGUACUUGUGAAUGAACUAUUGAUAAAGAUCACUAGUUGUGCUAUGAUAGGAAGAGAUGUGUGCGCAAUAACCUGAUGAGAGUCAACGCAACAGCUUUGCCACUAAUCCCUAUACCGUAGCACAAACACAGGGUGGUGGUGUUUUAGGUCCACAGAGCUAUGAUCUCCUAAACUUUACUCGAAAUAUCUAGUCGAUAUAUCGCAAAUGGAAAUUGAUGCUUUUUCGUUGAUAUUUUUCCAGGGUGACGAAAUGGUCGCUGACAGAUGUUUUUCCGUGAACAAAAAGAGCAAUAACGAGAUUUCAAUUUUCCUAAACCCCGUAUGUUUUUGUUUUCGACACAGUAGCACAAACACAGAGGGUGGGGGAGUUUUAGAUCUAUAGAACUAUGAUCUUAACUUUAUUAUUCUUUCUCAUAACUAAUUGCAGCAAGGACAAUAAAAACACUAGCAACAGAAAUAUUGACAGAAGUGUAGUAACAAUAUAAAAAAAUGUCAGAAAACAGCGGUAUACAAGACCAACAACAGCGAUAGUCAUUUCUAUACCACAAGAAGAACAGCAACGGGAUAUUCGUGCAAGCAAUAACGAACAAUAGCUGACGAAAUAGCGGCAUAAGUAACACCAGUAAUAACUAUUUCUAUACCAUAAAAGACAACAAAAGCAACGAGGUAUUCGAGAAGGCAAUAACGACAACAAUAAAGCGGGGCCAGUAGAAACUGUGGCGAGAAAAGAUAAGCAAACCCACUAAAACUAGUAUCUCAUAAAGAAGUUUAUCGUCGAUAGCAAAAAGAACAAAACAAUACUUAAAUAUCUAUAUUUGUAGGGUAAUUUAUGGACCCAAACAAGAUAGUCCUUUUAUUGGUUAAUGUCCAUAUUUUGAUGCCAACGGUCGCAAAGUUUUUACUGUGCUUUUAACAAGUAUUUACUGUAAAUAAUUUGAGUCAUUGAGUCAUUGUUAUUGAGUCUUUUACAACAUGAAUUAAAUAUAUCAUUAAUAGUCA